UAUCUUUUCUUUAAAAAACGUUUGAGCGAUUUUAUGGAUGAAUCAAUUGUGAAAUAAAGUUCCAUCUGAAAUUUUCUUAAAUGUUUUUAAUUAAAAUAAAAUUAAAUUCGAAAAAAUCUCCAAUUUAAACGUCAAGAUGUCCAGCCCUACUGCGCGAGAACGUCUUACGUCACGCGCAUCACCCCUAUUUGUUUUUUUCUUAAACAAUCCCAAUUCCCUGCACCACCCCGUCUCUCUCUUCCUCUCUCUCAAACCGAAGCAAAUCCCUCCGGCGCUGUGGAUUUCGAUCAAUCUGAUGGUAUGCAAUAUUUAUGCUAGUGGAAGAACCUUGGUGUGGGUAAGAAUUUGGAAAUGAUGGAAUGUUUUGAUGGGAAGGAGUUAGUGGAAGUUGAAGGAAAUGUAGAUACGGAACCAUGUGUGGGUAUGGAGUUUGAAUCUGAAGAGGCUGCCAAGGUGUUCUACGAUGCUUAUGCGACACGUUUGGGGUUUAUUAUGCGUGUUGAUGCUUUUCGUAGAUCAAUGCGUGAUGGGAAGAUUGUUUGGCGUCGACUUGUUUGUAAUAAAGAGGGCUUCCGUAAGUUUAGGCCCAGACGAAGUGAAAAUAGAAAGCCGCGAGCAAUCACGAGGGAAGGUUGUAAGGCAAUGAUUGUAGUGAAGAAAGAGAAGGAAAAAUGGGUUGUUACAAGAUUUGUAAAGGAGCAUAAUCAUCAACUAGUUGCUACACCUGCCAACAAUCGUCGGAGUGUGCUUCUAUCUCAAACACCGGAUGAGAAAGAUGUAAAAAUUCGGGAAUUAACCUCUGAAUUACUACGCGAAAGGAAGCGAUCUGCAGCUUUUCAAGAACAACUAGGUAUGGUUUUGAAGGAUAUGGAGGAGCACUCUAAUCAUCUUUCAAGAAACAUUGACGACAUAGUUCAAAGAGUGAAGGAAAUUGAAUCUAAUAUGGUUCUGACAUAGCUAUUGACCAUACACGCCCUGGCCGAUUUUGCUCUCUUUAGUCUCCCAUACCAGUUUGAGGUGGUUAAAAAUUUUCACAUACUUGUACACAGAGAGAUGAGCUAAACUUUGCCACGAGGAACUGGUUUUGUGGCAUAACAAGUGUGUAAGGUCUGGGAACUUCUUAAAUGCAAAAUAAGUGUGUUACUAGUAAA